GAUGCGCUAGCAUGCUAGCAGCGUUAGCUUGUGCUGAGAGGACGGCGGUGUUUCGUUGGGACGUUCGUGAGGUUUAUGGACAGAAAGCACGAUACGUGGUUCGUGGGGAACUCUCAGCAUUUGGUCAAAAAUGAGUGAAUACGUGUUGAACGUAAAGACAACGUGGCUGUGAUUGUGAGACUAGCAGAUGAUCGGAGCUGCUGCUGUUCAAAGGACUUUGGUGUUUGUUGGAGCUGAAGACCUUCUGCAGCUGCAGGAACCAUGUCUACAGAAUCUCAGAAAGAUUCUGACAAAGAACAACUUUCUGCUGCUGAAGAAACCUUCAGACUCUGUGAAGGAACCAUCGUCCAGAAUGAGAAUGAGGAGCUCUGUGGUCAGCGAAGUCUGCUGGAUAUCUGCUGGAACCCGCAGCAUCAGCUCCACCACACAGUCCUCCCCCAGGAUUAUGUGACUGAAGAGGAAGAUCUCUGCAACCAGCAGAGGAACCUCAGAGAAGAAGAGAAAGAACCAGAACCUCUAGAGAUUAAAGAGGAACAGGAAGAACAAGAACUAUCACAGGUUAAAGAGGAACAGGAGGAACCAGAACCGCCACUGAUUAAGGUGAAACAAGAAGAACAAGAACCUCUACAGGUUAAAGAGGAACAGGAAGAAACAGAACCACCACUGAUUAAGGUGAAACAAGAAGAACUAGAACCUCUACAGGUUAAAGAGAAACAGGAAGAAACAGAACCACCACUGAUUAAAGUGGAACAAGAAGAACCAAAACCUCUACAGGUUAAAGAGGAACAGGAAGAAACAGAACCACCACUGAUGAAAGUGGAACAAGAAGGACCAGAACCUCUACAGGUUAAAGAGGAGCAAGAGGAACCAGAACCUCCACAGAUUAAAGAGGAAAAAGAGGAGCUCUUCAUCAGUCUGGAUGAAGAGCGGUUUGAUCAUGAGGACACUGAAACCUUGAUGGAGAGUCCUACUUUUGAGGAACAUAAGAACAGUGAAACAGAUGGAAACAAUCAGAGCUUGAAUGUAACUGAUAGUCAGGAUGAAACUUCAACUAAAUAUCAAGAGAUAAACCCACAGAAAAGUUUUGGUAAAUCAGCAAAUCUCAAAACACACAAGAGAAACCAUGCAGGAAAGAAGCUUUUUUCUUGUAAAGAAUGUGGCAAAAGUUUUAGUUCCAUAACUGACCUUAACAGACACAUGAAAACUCACACAGGAGAGAAGCCUUUUAGUUGUAAAGAAUGUGGCAAAAGUUUUAGUGAUGUGUAUUGUCUCAAAAAACACACAAAAACCCACACAGGAGAGAAGCCUUUUACUUGUAAAGAAUGUGGAAGAAGUUUUGGUGAUAUGUCUAAUCUAAAAACACACAUGAGAACUCAUACAGGAGAGAAGCCUUUUUCUUGUAAAGUCUGUGAUGCAAGUUUCAGUCAAACAGCUAAUCUCAAAUUACACAUGAGAACUCACACAGGAGAGAAGCCUUUUUCUUGCAAAGAAUGUGAUAGAAGUUUUAGCCGAAUAUCAAAUCUCAAAAUACACAUGAGAACUCAUACAGGAGAAAAACCUUUUUCUUGUAAACAAUGUGAUAGAAGUUUUAGUUGUAAAUCUUAUCUCAAUUCACACAUAAGAAUUCACACAGGAGAGAAGCCCUUUUCUUGUAAAGAAUGUGAUAGAAGUUUUCGAAAAAUGUCUAAUCUUAAUUCACACAUGAGAAUUCACACAGGAGAGAAGACCUUUUCUUGUCAAGAAUGUCUUGUAAGUUUUACUUGUAAAUCUUAUCUUAAAAACCACAUGAGAACUCACACAGGAGAGAUGCUUUUUUUAUGUGAAGAAUGUGGCAAAGGUUUUGAUCAAAUAUCUUGCCUUAAAGCUCAUUUGAUAACUCACACAGGAGAGAAUGUUUUUUUAUGUAAAGAAUGUGGCAAAAGUUUUGAUCAAAUAUCUUACCUCAAAGCACACAUGAUAACUCACACAG